AUGACCGCGCGCCGGGCCGCCCUCCGGGGCCGCCGGCGCGCGCGACCGGCCGGGGCCGCCGCGCGCGCGCGCCUCGAGGCGCGGGCGACGCCCGUGCUCCGCAAGGACCACCCGACGGACGCGAAGCACGUCGAGGAGUCGUCCAAGUUCCGCGCGGGCAAGUCGCACGGCGCGCACGAGGCCAUCACGGCCCACGUCUACGCCAAGGCGCGCCGGGCCCUCGAGGCCCUCGACCCGGUCGUCCGCGACGUCUUCCAGCGCGCGGCCGCGCCCUGCUUCGUCUUCAACGACACGGGCCCGGCGAAGCGCCAGUGGUGCCACGCGUCCGUCAUGUCCACCCAGGAGCUCGUCUGCGAUUAA